AUGGAGGCCGACAAAAAGGGAUUGCUGAGACAUCAAGAGGGUUUCCGCCGCUUCUCUGAUGCGCGCCGCUCCGACGACCUGGACGAUCCUACCCGCUACGACCUCGAAGACACCGAAUUUCUCCAAUCCGACCCUCUCAAAUCAUCCACCCCUACCGCCGCCUUUCGAACCCGAACUCGUACAACAUGGCUACGAAAUCCAUGCGGUUGCUUUGUCGGUCGAAUUCCCAAACGGAUACUGGGCUGUCUCAGCGUUGUCGCCUUGGUUUUGAUCGCUCUGGGAGCUUCGGGCUUCUUUGGGUUCAAGAAAUACAAGCAAUCGCCUCCCGAUGGCCUGUCACCGCCAUGGUACCCGACGCCAAAGGGAGGUACGGCGAGGACCUGGGCCGAGAGCUACCAGAAAGCGAGCGAAAUGGUGGCCAAGAUGACAUUGCCAGAGAAGGUGAACGUCACCACGGGGACAGGCUGGGAGAUGGGAUUGGCAGUAGGCAACACAGGCCCUGCCAUCAACGUCGGCUUUCCAGCCCUGGCCUUGCAGGACGGUCCGCUGGGCAUUCGGUUUGCAGAUCAGGCCACAGCUUUCCCUGCCGGAAUCACCGUCGGCGCCACCUGGAAUAAGGACCUGAUGUACAAAUGGGGCCAGACCCACGCUGUCGAGGCGAGGAAGAAGGGCAUCAAUGUCAUCCUUGGUCCCUGUAUUGGGCCACUCGGACGAAUGCCGGCAGGCGGACGCAACUGGGAGGGAUUCGGUGCAGACCCCUACCUGCAAGGAAUCGCCGCCGCCGAGUCGAUCAAGGGCAUGCAGGACGAGGGCGUCAUGGCCACUAUCAAGCAUAUGGUCGCCAACGAGCAAGAACACUUCCGACAGCCUUGGGAGUGGGGUCUACCGAAUGCCAUCUCCUCGAACAUCGACGACAGGACCAUGCACGAGUUGUACAUGUGGCCGUUUGGGGACAGUGUAAAGGCCGGCGUGGCAAGUGUCAUGUGCAGCUACAACCAGGUCAACAACUCUUAUGCCUGCGGAAACUCCAAGUUACUCAACGGCAUACUGAGGGAUGAGAUGGGCUUCCAGGGCUUCGUAAUGUCAGACUGGCUUGCGCAACGGGGAGGUGUGUCCACCGCGCUGGCUGGUCUCGAUAUGACGAUGCCCGGCGACGGACUCUUCUGGACUGACGGUAAAUCACUCUGGGGUCCCGAGCUUACCAAGUCGGUACUCAAUGGUUCAGUCCCCCUCGACAGACUGAAUGACAUGGUCACACGAGUUGUCGCGGCUUGGUAUCAGCUAGGUCAAGAUGACGAGACCAAAUUCGACCGCAAGGGGCCCAACUUCUCUUCGUGGACCAACAAGGAGAACGGUGUCAUCGCCCCUGGCAGCCCCACUGACCAGGACACGGUCAAGGUCAAUAAGUUCGUCAACGUGAUGGGCGACCAUGCGUCUUUGGCAAGGCAGAUCGCAGCCGAAGGCACAGUGCUUCUCAAGAACGAUGGCAUGCUGCCACUGAAGAGCAAUGGUCACAGCUCAUCAAAUAAACAGGACCAGGUCGAGGGGCCUGUGCGCAUAGCCAUCUUUGGGGAGGACGCCGGUCCCGGGGAUGGACCGAACGCCUGCGUCGAUCGCAGUUGUAACCAAGGCACGCUUGGUUCCGGCUGGGGUUCGGGCUCUGUAGAGUUCCCCUAUCUGGUACCCCCCAAUGACGCGCUGAACAGGUGGGAUGGUGAUGCGGUCAACGUCACAGCGUACUUGACAAACACCCCGCCGUUCAAGGAGCAACCCGAAAUACUCGAGGAUGCCCAGAUCUGCAUUGUCUUUGGCAACGCUGACUCUGGGGAAGGCUUCAAGUCUUGGUCUGAUGUACGGGGCGACCGGCCAGAUCUCAUGUUGCAAAAGGGCGCCGACAAACUCAUUACGCAAGUGGCUCAAGGCUGUCACGGAGGAGAUGGUGAGGUGCUCGUCGUCCUCCAUACCGUCGGCCCUGUUGUCAUGGAGAAUUGGAUCGACAUGCCCAACGUCAGGGCAGUGCUGUUAGCCAACCUACCGGGCCAAGAAAGUGGCAAUGCCCUUGCAGAUGUCAUCUUUGGCGACCUCGACCCCAGUGGAAAACUGCCCUGGACCAUUGGCAAGACAUUGGAAGACUACGGUGAAGGAGCCAAGGUGAUGUACUUGCCAAAUGGCGUCGUACCGCAGCAGGACUUCAAAGAGGGCCUAUACGUGGACUACCGCUACUUUGACAAGAACAACAUUACACCGCGAUUCGAGUUUGGCUUUGGCUUGAGCUAUACUACGUUUGAGUUCACCGACUGCGCUGUCGAGGCUUCCAAGUCCAAGAGCGCUCUGCCAGCCCCAAGACCAAAGGACUUUGCAGUUCCGCCUGAGUAUGACAGAAGCAUUCCCAAUGAGGAAGAGGCGCUUUUCCCAGAAGGCUUCCGCAAGCUCGAGAAGUACGUCUAUCCAUACCUCGAUACUGUUGAUGACAUUGUCUCUCACCCAUACCCUUACCCCGACGGCUAUGAUGUUAAACAGCCUCUUUCCGGCGCUGGCGGUGACGAGGGUGGUAACCCGGAUCUUUGGGAGACAUAUGUCACGGUCUCUGUCACGGUGAAGAACACGGGCCAUACGACAGGUCAGGUCGUCCCGCAACUCUACCUGAGUUAUCCCGAUAUCCCUACCGUCGACUUUCCCAUCAAGGUCUUACGCGGCUUUCAGAAGUUGUCGCUAGAAGCGGGCGAAUCACGAACAGUGACGUUUGACUUGACGAGGCGGGACUUGAGCUAUUGGGAUGUCACCGCCCAGAACUGGAGAAUGGUCGUUGAGGGAGAGUACGUGUUCGGGGUCGGUCGGAGCUCGAGGGAUCUGCCUGUGUCUGCCACGUGGUAA